CAGAUUGGUGACACGGAUGGAAUCCAGUGCCCUUGAAGACAUCCUCUAGCUGACUCCCGGAACGAUGUGAAAUUUUCUCACACCCCAUCCUUCUGCUCUUCUAUUACCUCGCAUUUUGCCGCCAUGGCGUCCUUAGGACGUUUUCCUACAAGAACUCACAAGUGGUUGUUCUGGAUACUCCUUCCCCUGUUUGUGACUAUGUGUUCGGGUGACGACGACGAAACGAACUAUGUGAAUCUGCUGCUGCGCGAUUUGGAUACUCAGGAGCAGCAAGGAGAGAAACUCCUGGACUCUAAAGACGCCAUCAAGAGGCAUUGGGGGAUAUCCGAUGCCGCCGCGGUGGCGGGAAAACUUUUCACCUACCCCAUCCCAGACGAUGCCUUCACGGGCAGAAUAGAAAAAUUUGAAGUGACAGAGGCCGGAGAAACGAGCUUGCCACUUUGGUUGUCGUACGACGACGACUCCCAAACUUUUACGGGUGUUCCUUUAGAAAAGGAUGUCGGCCAGUAUUACAUCAGCGUCAAAGCUGUAGGAAAUGCUCAGGGUGGAAAAUCUGCGAAAGAUGUAUUCUCAAUCGAAGUCGUCGAUGACUCGCCAGAAGCUAAAUCGCCAGAAGGGGAAAUCUUCUCAUAUUGUGCUAAUGGAGAAAGUCAGACCGUUGCCAAUUUGGUGAUUGACACCAACCUUGAAGAACUAAAUACGUCCGAAAAAGUCAACCUACUCAAAAAAUUAUCUUCCUAUUUCAACAUCCCUGCUAAAAGGUUCAAGUUGUCCCCCAAAAACGAAAAAAAUAGCUUAGAUUUAAGUGCAGUUCUCGCAGGACCGGGGAAUGCUCAAACUUUGACUAGGAAAGGUGCAGUAGUGGAAUGGAGGAUAGGAUGCUCACUGACGAUAACUACAGAACAAAAAGUUAUAGUGUCCAAACUCGAGAGAGUGGCAGAAGAUGGCACUCUAGCCAAUAAUAUUGGUUAUCCAGUUAUUGGGUGGCAUGUCACGAAUAUUUUACCGAAAAUAUCCUAUCGCGAGAAGAGGCAAGUUGGGCGUGGCACUCCAGUCCCUGGUAUCUUACCAACACAGUGGCCUCGUCUAACGGAAAGGGUGGACGAGUUCGAAACGACAGACGACACUUUGACUCCUGAAACGAGGAUCAUUCCAACCAUGGCUUCGCCCACCUUGAUGCAGCCUUCCCAUCACCAUAGACAUGGCCAUGGAGAAUUCGGCCAUGAUAGGGGCCAUCACAGACUAGGAGAAUCUCCAGUCUUAGUGACAUCACCAACUCUUCACCAUCAUCGAAUGCAAACUGCCUUCGUAACGCCUUUAGGAAUUACUCCGGUAAUUGUUCCAGACAGACCAACGAAAUACAUUCCAGUUACCCCUGUUAUCGACGAACCCUAUCCUAGUCGUUAUUUCCCUGAAGAAUAUACUCCAUUUGGUGGAUUGAUGUCAUCGAUGAUUAUUCCUACCCCAGUCAUUGGUGUCACCGAUGCAUUGCCAACUCAAACCUUCAUAUCAUCUUUGGAUGUAGAGAGCUCUGAAAUCAAACCUACCAAAACGAAGCAGAUUGUUGAGAAAACGAAGAAACCAUCUGGAACUCCAAACUUCAAACCUACAAUUGAAAAGCGUGUGAAGAAAUUGACUAUGGUCGCUGGAAAAUUGUGGAAAUUCCAGAUUCCACACGAUACAUUUGUUGAUAUGGAAGAUGGCGAUACCAGACAUUUGAAAUUACUCUUCAUGACCUCAGAACGUACUUCCAUCCCGCCUACUUCUUGGAUUCAGUUUGAUCCAGUGAAGCAGAUGCUGUAUGCUUUACCAUUAGACGAACAUAUUGGGAAAUAUGAAUUUAUUCUUGAAGCUAUGGACAACGAGGGUGCUUCCACUAACGAUCGCCUAGAUAUUCAUGUGUGGCAGCAUUCGUCUGCCAGAGCGCGGCAUCAUGAGUUCUCUGUUACCCUAAAAUACAACAAGUGGCAGUAUCCAAUAACAAUCGAUUGGAACAUCGAAUUUGCCAAGAGAUUAUCGCGUUAUUUCGGAGAUAAAAAUGAAACUCAUGUUGCUGUCCAAUCGGUAUCAACGGAGCCGGUUACAACAUUUACUUGGUGGAAUGAUUCUCUGUCAACUUAUCCUUGUCCUAGUGAAGAGAUAUCGGAACUGACGAAUAAGCUAAUAGAUGAGAACACGAACAAAGUUUCCGAGGCUUUUAAGAAAACUAUGCGAUCCGAUUUUCAGAUAUUCGAUGCCAGCGUCAACUUCUUAGGAGUAUGUCACAGUCCAGCUUCUACUACGGCAACCCAUACGAACUUCUCGCCAAUGCUUCGGAAUCCAAUCGAAAGGAUUAAUACGACAGUGGGCGAAAUUCUGCGCUUUAAAAUUCCCGAUGACACGUUUUAUGAUUUCGAGGACGGAAGCACUAGAUACUUGACUCUGACGUUUCUCACGAUCGAGAGCAUUCAGCCACCUAAAUCUUCUUGGGUUCAGUUUGAUCACAAAUCACAGGAGCUCUAUGGACUGCCUUUCGAUGGCGACGCUGGAAGACACGAGUACCAGUUGGUAGCAGUGGACACUCACGGAUUACAAGUUAAUGACGUUUUUGUCAUAGAAGUUCACCCCCGUCCACCGAAAAAGUGGAACGUUGAAUUUAGCCUUCAUAUUGACCACGACUAUGAAGAUUUUAGCAAAGAUAUAAGCAAAAAGGUGUUAGUCGCGUGGAAAUUGGCAAAGCUGUACGAUGAUCCAGAUCCGCGAUACAUCACGGUCGGCUCGAUCAGUAAAGGGUCGGUAGUUUACGCCUGGACCAACAACACUCUACCUCAUGAUCCUUGUCCUAAAAAGACAAUUGAUAAGCUAGUUAAAAAUAUCAUCAACAAAGAUGGGACGUUGUCUUCGAAGCUGACCGAAGCCAUGCUCCCAGAUUUCAAAAUUAUCAAAGCAGACGCCAUGCCUCUCGGGAUAUGCCUUGGUGAAGUCACGCCCACUUCAGUCACCAUUGCGCCUCCUCCAGUCACCCAAAAAGCUGAACCUGCUGCAACGACAGACGACGACAUCUACAUCACCACCAUCAUCCCUGCAGUUGUGAUCGCGGUGAUGCUCAUCAUAGCCGCCCUGGUGGCUUGCUUCCUGUACCGGAAGAAGAGGAAGGGCAAGUUGGACAUGCAAGACCACAACACGUUCAUCGGGAAUCGAACGCCGAUUAUACUCGGUGACGAAAUGGAAGAGAAGCCGGAUCCCGCCAAACCACCUGUUAUCAUGAGGGACGAGAAGCCCCCUUUGGCGCCUCCCGACUACCUGCGCUCUUCGGUCAGCAGUCGAGAUUCGACCCCUCAACUCGACAGGGUGGAACAGGCCAACAUUCGAAACACAAACGCUGACCUCCACAUCGACCCUUCGCCCCCUUACCAGCCACCUCCCCCUUUCACCACAAACAGGGAUAGUAAGAACUCUAGAUCUAAAGGCACGCCUACGUACCGGCAGCCACCACCUUACAUGCCGCCUGUGCCACCUUAGGAGCUGGUGGCUCGCAGAGGGGGCAUACAUGUGCCUUCACCUGCCAAAGAAGGACAAAGUGUGUAUUCUACUUCAAUGUUGCAUUCAUGUUUGGACAAUGCCUGCUCUUUUCAUCUAGCUACAAAAAAGGAGCUUCAAGUAAAACAGAGUACUGUUUCGUACUGAAUUUCAUGCAGCAUUUCGAAAAGUUCCAUAGCAUUUCGAACAUUCAUUAAUACCCUUUCUAUGACCGUUGUGCCACUGAAAGCGGCAAUCUCGAUUCCGCUUCAGAUUGCUUUGGGUAGAUAAGAAACUACCGUUUUUUCGUAAUUUCAAGGCAAUGAUAUCGAAUGAUUUUAGUUUCACAGCUUUGGAAAAGCUUAUUGUAACUUUGGCUUAUUUUGGCCUAAGCAAUUUGUUUGAUUCUCUUCGAAACCAAUUAAAUUACAAACUAACCAUGUUGCAAUUUUAAGUUCAAUUUAUUUAGUUGAAUUGACGAAGAAAUUUCACGUUUUAAUGACGUUUAUGUGACUGAGGGUAAUGAACCGGCUGUUACAAAAAAAAAAAACACACACACACACUCUUUAACCUUAGGUAAAGAUGUUUUGAAUUCUUCAUUAGGAACAACUCGAUUUUAAAUGAAAUAUAUUGGUGUAGGUAAUAGUUGUUAGGUUACAGAAAUUUUUAUUUUUUUUCUCACUCGAUAGUUAAACUUUGAAAUUCUUUUCUGUUUUAUAGCCGAUUAAGAACCUCAACUCACUUAAAUAUCAUUGAAUAGAAUUAUUUCGAAUGAUAAAUAUUAUUAGGUAAUGAAAUUAUUAUUACUGAUGAAUCGUCAUUUUUACUAUCACUUGGGUAGAAGAGAGGAAUUUUAACUUAUUCGUUUUGACGUAGAUCGUAAGUAAGAUUGAAAAUGUCAUUUUAUUGAAAGUGGUUGCACGGUUAAAAUUCUUUUCUACUUUUACUUGUAUUUUGGAGCUAAUUUGAAACCUAAGCGCACUUAAAUACUGUCAAGGAGUAUUUCAACUUGCAAAUUUUGUUAAAUAACACAAUCCUUAUUAUCGCUAAAUCAUCCUUUUUAAUAGUUACUUCACUAGGAGCAUGGAAAGGUAUUUUUUAACUUAUGCAUUUCGACGUAGAUCUCAAGUAAGAUUGAAAAUAUCGUAUUAUUGACAGCGCUUGCAUUUUUGAUGGAAGUCUGAAUUUUGCAUGAAAUUCAGUAUAUAUAUAAAUAUGUCCUACCAUUGUUGACUUUGAAAAACUGCAGAAGUUGUGCCUAUUAAUGAUGGCUUUGUUGCCACUGAUGGUCAUUAGUCAGACUUUUGUGUUCAACUCCUGGUUUUAUCACCCGUAUUUUUUAUUAUUCAUAGAGUAUUUUAUUAUGUAUACGAUUUAAAUGUGUAUUGUUACUAAUGUUAUAUACCCUUAAGAAUUGAGACUUUGGAAUUUUAUUGUAUCAAAUAAUUUCGAUUCUCAUUGAUUGGUAAUGUUAGUGUCGAAAUGUGUCAGAAUUAGGCCUGGAUCUUUUUAUAAAUUACGUGCCCGACUCGUUGCUUGUUUUCAGAUGCAUAUCUGCCAACCCUUCCUCAUUUUGCUGAAGCUUUCCACAUUUUAGCUCUGUCUUCCGCAUACCCCUCCUCCCCAGUGUGUUUCCGUGGAUAUAGUAUUAACUAGUUGCAUAACGAGAAACCUUUUCCAUUGGCAAUCGUCUGAAAAUACAAUUAAAAAAAGUAAAACUGGAGUGAAAUUUAAAUAGGAAAUUGCUUAUUGUAAAAUGUUCAACAUGCAAAAAACUUUUGACCGUUUACUUUCGAGAUUCACCAAUCCUGCUACGUUUAAUGGCGGCCAGUAGUUGCUGCUACUGAGUUGUGUAUCUAGUUACAUGGGCGUAGCAAGGAUUCCCGUCAGGGAAGGGGCAAGCAUAGGUGCAAAAAGAUGUUUUCUUAGUUGCCCCCAGUACGGACCUUGGAAAUAGCUUUAAAUUAUGGUCUUUCUCUCCCCCUAAAAAAAAACAUUUUAUGCUAUUUUUUGGUCAGAUGAGGGCAAAAAAGUGAUUUUGUGGCUCUCUACGGAAAAUUUUUAGAAAUUGAGGUACUAAAAUUGCUGAUGUAAAUUAUCUUUGAUGAUAUUUGGAAAGAUCGUGGGAGCCAGAGGUUCUCUUCUAGGGAGGGGCAACUGCCCUACGUCCAUGUCUAGUUAUACUACAUUUAUGUGAAUUACAUUAAUCCAGCAGUAUCACAAGCGAAGACUUGAUUUUCGUUCUGAAGCGAUGACGCCAUGGCGGGAGGGAGCCGCUUUACGACUUUUUGGUAGCGAGUUCUGCACCAAUCAAAGCUUACUAGUUAGACAACUGAUUUAAUUUUGUUAUUGCAAAAUAAUGUUACCUAAAGUCUUCUGCAUUUUUGGAAGAAAGGAGUGGCAGGUAUGCCAAAACUAACUGAACGUUAUCUUAAGGGCAUGUAACUGACAGUAGUAAAAUAAUGUUAUUUUUCUUUGCAAUUUAGUCAAAGUGUGAUUGCAUAGAUUUAUGACGUUCCUCAUUUAAGUUUUUAUUGCUUAAUCUAAUCAUCUGAACGAAUCAAAAAAAGCAUGAUUUGAAUAUUAAUAUGACGGUUGUAUUUGAAAUUACAUUUUGAAAAAUAUAUUAAAUGGGACUAGUGAUGAUAGUCGAGAGAAUAGUCUGAUUUUCACUAGUCACAAUCUUUUCCCACACAAAAGUGUUGAUAAUUUCGCUCAAUCAGUUGUAUUACACCCAUAGGUGCUACUCGUAUAUCUUUCGUUAAUGUCUUAGAAUUGUUAUGAUGAUUAAAUUGACUGAAAAAAUAUUUAAUUUGUUCUUCACAAAAUGUUUGAAAUUUAAUUAAAUUAAAAAAUUAUGACGUGUAAUUAUCUCAAUUGUAUUUUGAUAUGUCGCAUGUUUGUACUUAAUAUAUAUCCUGAAUUAAUUUAGUAAAAAGCGCUGUUUUGUAACAUGCAAAUUGUUUGAUUAUGUGUUUGUAACUCUUAAUGUGUUUUUGUCUGUACUAGUUAUGAAUUUUAAAAAUAUAUAAUUGAAAAAAAAAAACGAUUCUCCCUUUAAAAUUUAAAGCAAAAAAUUGAUACGUAUCGUUUUUUUCCGUAACACAUUAUUUCAUUUGUAAUGAAAUGUUUCGUGUACAACUUUUAUUAUUUGUGUAUAAAAAGUUUUGCUAUAUCAUCUUUAUGAAAGGAAUGCUGUUUUGAUAUGAAAUUUGCAUUGCGAGUUUACAUCGUAAGUGUGUCGGUGUCUAUGUUAUAAAUGUAUAUUUAAAUAAUUUUUCUUACAUAUAGAAUCAACAAAAAUUGAUGUUCCAAUUACUAUGUACAUAAAUUUCUGUAUAGGCAGCUUUUUUAAAUUCUACAUAUCUAUAAUUGCCAUCACACAAAUGAAAUAUCAAAUGGAAUAAGUAAAAUGUUUAUACAUUUCACAAGCUGUGCUGUAUGUAGAAUCUGAAAUUAGAAUGUUAUUUUCGCUACGGGGUGAUUAAGAAGAAACUUAUUUUGAUUUUAAUGCUCUCAGCUAGAAAGAUUGAUUGAACACUUUUCGCGUUUUAAUUACACAGAUUCCCGUACCGGUCGAACUUCUUCCCCAGUCGUUUCCUACCAGUCACGUGGGCGAAAUUGCAUCCGAUUCACCAAUCGGGUCUAUAUUCGUCACGUUACCGACUUGGAUAUUGAUGUUGAUGCGCGUUUUCUACUUUGUUACGUGGACGAAAUUGCAUCCGAUUCACCAAUCGGAUCUAAAUUCGUCACGUGACCUACUUGGAUAUCGAUGUUGAUGCACGUUUUCUACUGGUUACGUGGACGAAAUCACAUCCGAUUCGUAAAUCUGUAUCGACAGCUUUUUUAAAUUCUACAUAUCUAUAAUUGCCACCACACACAUGAAAUAUCAAAUGGAAUAAAUAAAAUGUUUAUACAUUUCACAAGCCAUGCUGUUUGUAGAAUCUGAAAUUAAGAUAUAAUCGGAUAUCAAAUUCGUCACGUGCCGACUCGGAAACAGUAUCGAAGUUGAUCCGUCGAAUAUGAGAAUCGGGCUAAUAGUUUCAUUCAUAUCGAGCUUUGCUUCACGCAAAAAAUAAAUUUAGAACAGUUAGCGGGGUGACUACUUGUGAAAGAAUAUGAAUCAAUUCAGUAUAUUUGUAAAAACAAACCCCUGUCCCAAUUUAAUUUUUAAAUACUUUUAGUACUCUGAUGAAAAAAAAGAUAAAAAUUUAAAACAUUGUUUUGACAAGCAAUUUGUUAUGGAUUUAAUUCAAUUCAACCCAACUGAAAGAAUUGAACUCUCAAGUAAAAAAAAAUCGAAGUGACUGAUCACAGUUAAGCUUCAGCGUUGCGCUCCAAAAAUAGAGGCGUGCACGGGGGGGGGGAGGGGGGAGAGAGAAGGGACACCUGUUGGCCCGGGCCCGAGUCUGAAGGCCAAGAUUUUUAAAAUGGGGGUAAAAUAUAUGAAGGGACGUAGGAGUAAACAAUAUGGAGGGGGCCUGUAAAAGUCAUUUGUGAUGGCUCCAAAAUUUUUUGUGCACGCCCUUGUAUAAAUAUAACUUUUUUUGCUUCCGCACGCAACUCAAAAUUUAAUUUAGACCUCUUAGCUUCUUUUUUUCUUCUGAAAAUCCAAAAAUUCUAUAAAUUUCUAAGCAUCAAAGGACCUCUGUACCAAAUUUGGCUAAGAAAGCGACACACACACUCCACAUCCAUUUUUUAUACAUCUACACUGAAAUUUCGAACAAAAUCGGUCACCCUCCCUGUAUCAAUGAAAAAAAUAUAGUUUUACGAACAAUAAAAAGUUAUUUGUUCCAUCGACCAUUGCUUUUGAUUUCAAUCAAAACUAUUCUCCCGUUUCUUAUUGGUCACCCCGUAUGAUGUAAAAAUACUUUUGUAUUGAACUUGCUGAAGUGUUUCCCACAUGAAGGGAUAAAAAAAGAAAGUGUAUUAGAGCAAUAGGUUUACCAGCUAGGAAUUAGGUUCCUAACUGAAAACAAUUGAUUAUUUCUUGUGAAGUGUUGCAUUGUGUCAAUCAAUGACCAACCGUUGAUGCGAUUGAAUUGUGUUAAAAAAAAGAAUAAAUAAAAUCAAUUUUCAAUUUA